AUCAGCUGUUUUAACAUGCCAAAAACGUUCGCGGUGUGAAAUUUGGCAAAAUUUUCAUAGGGGAUUUGAAAGAAAAACCUGCGGAAAACGCCACAAGAAACAACACAAAAAUGCCGAAUCAUUUGCAUGACAAUCGAAAACAUUUAACUCAAUGCAAGUGACAAAAAGCAUUCAAAAGCAAACGACACAAAGUACGCUACGCCAACUACAACAACAAUAAAAGCAAACAUCGUCUGGCAACGGACAACGGAGGCACCUCAACGUUAAUAGUAACUGUUAUAGCAGUAGCAAUAUGAAAUUGUUGGGCAAAUACGUAGACAAGGGUAUGCAGGGUAAUGUGACCCUCAUGCCCGAGGAAUCGGAGGACAUGUGGCAUGCCUACAACUUGAUUGCCGAGGGUGACAGCGUACGCAGCACCACCAUACGCAAGGUGCAGAAUGAAACGGCCACCGGCUCCUCAACCAGCAGCCGCGUACGUACAACACUCACCAUUGCUGUGGAGAGCAUUGACUUCGAUACACAGGCCUGCGUGCUGCGCCUCAAGGGGCGUAACAUUGAGGAGAAUCCCUACGUCAAGAUGGGCGCCUAUCAUACGCUGGAUCUCGAGCUGAAUCGCAAAUUCGAGUUGCGCAAACCUGAAUGGGAUACAAUUGCGCUGGAACGCAUUGAAAUGGCCUGCGAUCCCACACAAUCGGCGGAUGUGGCUGCUGUGGUGAUGCAGGAGGGUCUGGCGCACGUGUGCCUCAUUACGGCCAGCAUGACACUGGUGCGCAGUAAAAUUGAGGUUUCCAUACCGCGGAAACGCAAGGGCAAUGUACAGCAACAUGAGAAGGGAUUGGCCAAGUUUUAUGAGCAAGUCAUGCAGAGCAUUUUGCGGCAUGUGAAUUUCGAUGUGGUGAAGUGUGUGCUGAUUGCAUCGCCGGGCUUUGUGCGCGAUCAGUUCUACGAUUACAUGUUCCAACAGGCUGUCAAACUGGACUAUAAACUGCUGCUCGACAAUAAAAGCCGAUUCAUGCUGGUUCAUGCAUCCUCCGGCUUUAAGCACUCACUGAAAGAGGUGCUACAAGAUCCCGCUGUUAUUGCCAAAAUGUCCGAUACGAAAGCUGCGGGCGAGGUUAAAGCAUUGGAGCAAUUUUAUAUGAUGCUGCAAUGUGAACCAGCCAAGGCAUUCUAUGGCAAGAAACAUGUGCUGCGUGCUGCCGAGGCUCAAUCUAUAGAAACUUUGCUCAUCUCCGACAAUCUAUUCAGAUGCCAAGAUGUAAAUCUCAGGAAAGAAUAUGUUAACUUGGUGGAAUCAGUGCGCGAUGCAGGCGGUGAGGUCAAGAUAUUCUCCAGCAUGCAUAUAUCGGGAGAACAACUCGCUCAACUGACUGGUAUUGCAGCUCUUCUGCGUUUUCCGAUGCCCGAGCUGGAGGACAGCGAUGAUGAUGACGAUGAGGAUGGUGCGGCGGGCGGCGACAACAGCGAUAGCGAUUAAGAACCUACUCCUAAACAAAAACAAAACCCCAAUAUGUAGAAACCUUAGCAUUUUGUAAAAAAGAUUAACGAAAUAUUUGACUUAGGAACAAAAGCGUCGAACUGGAGACUCUUAUGAAACAGAGUUACAAAAAAAAAAAAAAAAAAAAAAACAA